AAAGCCUUGGGAGCGAGAGUUGCGCUCGGCCACUUCCUUCGUGUGUGGACAAACUACAUGACGGGAUCUCCAGCUUUUUACGGACAUUUUUCUACCGGAGGGAAGGGACCGAAAGACAAGAGGAGCGAUGUGGAUUGAUUUAUAACUUCAAAGAAAAAUCGGUGAUUAACGGAGAAGAGGAGGAGGAGGAGGAAGGAUAUCGGUUGUAACGGCGGAGUAACACGCGCAGCAUCGUCGUGAUCUGCCCGGUCAUAAUCAUCAUAUUAAUAAUAAUAACAAGGUCAAUGUGACCUUGGUGUGGAUUGAGUCUCCCUGUUCGACGUGAACAAAGAAAGCUAACAGACGCACUGGGGAGGAGAAGAAAAACAACAGGUUGACAGGUCGUCCUUUCUGAUCACCUGCUUGAGCGCUCGUUCCAUCGAUCGCGCGACACCUCCACCGAAUGGGAGUUUGCAUCGGAGCCAUGGGCGGGGUGGAGGUCCUGCUCCUCGUGUUCCUAUUCGGAUCGGAAACGUCACUGGCUCUCAACUGGAACCCGGUACCACGCAAGACCGUGCGAUAUCAGGAUUCGUUGGACAGCAUGGCCAAGUUUGGCAUCCAGGGAGUGUUCAACUACAGCAUGCUGACUCUGUCGGAGCACGAGAGAGUUUUGUACGUGGGUGCCCGCGAGGCGCUCUUUGCCUUGGACCCCAAUGACAUCAGCAAGCAGCUCAGACCACAGAUUGACUGGCAAGCUCCGAUGGAUAAGAAGCGGGAAUGUGUCAUCAAGGGCAAGAGCAACCAGACUGAGUGCUUCAACUACAUCCGCUUCCUCCAGAGCUACAACCACACACACCUCUACACCUGUGGCACCUAUGCCUUUCAACCCAAAUGCACCUAUGUGAAUGCAGAUUAUUUCACUCUCAGCACAAGUUCCCUAGAAGAUGGGAAGGGCAAAUGUCCAUAUGACCCUGCCAAGGGCCACACUGGACUAAUAGUUGACAAGGAGCUGUACUCCGCCACACUCAACAACUUCCUGGGAACUGAGCCAGUCAUACAAAGAAACCUGGGCCAACAGCACUAUAGCAUGAAGACGGAAUACUUGCCUGCCUGGCUCAAUGAACCAGACUUUGUGGCUUCAGCCUUGGUUCGAGAAAGCGGCGGCAGUAAAGAAGGAGACGACGACAAAAUCUACUUCUUCUUCAGCGAGCGGGCGUUGGAGCUGGACUGUGACACUGAGGUCACUGUGGCCAGAGUGGCUCGCGUCUGCAAGGGUGACCUGGGUGGUACUCGGACUCUGCAAAAAAAAUGGACCACCUUCCAAAAAGCCCGGCUGGACUGCUCGCUACCUGAGCGUCACGUCUCCUUCAACAACCUCCGAGCUGUCUUCACGCUGCCGGGACAGGACUGGAGGGGAACUACUUUCUUUGGCAUCUUCCAUGCUCAGUGGGGUGACGUGGACGUGUCGGCGGUGUGUCAGUACCAGAUCAGUGAUGUGAAGAAAGUGUUCGAAGGAUCCUACAAGGAAUACAGAGAGGCGUCCCAGAGGUGGGGGCGCUACUCCGGGUCUGUCCCUAGCCCGCGGCCUGGAUCGUGCAUAACAAGCUCGGACAGGGAGAGCGGCUACAACAGCUCUCUGCAGCUACCUGAUGCAACGCUCAACUUUGCCAAGAAGCACCCACUGAUGGAGGAUAAAGCGCUGGCUCGCCCUCUGCUUCUCACCAAGGGCGUCAACUUCACCAGGCUGGUGGUGGACCGAGUUACCGGCCUGGACCAAAGAGCGUACAAUGUCCUCUUCAUUGGCACAGCUGAGGGCUGGAUGCAGAGGGUGGUCAUCCUGGGCUCGGACGCUCACGUGAUAGAAGAAAUCCAGCUGUUUGAAACCGCCCAGCCUGUAGACAGCCUGACCAUUUCCCACUCCAAGAAGUACGUGUACAUCGGCUCUCGAUCAGAGGUUCUCCAGCUGCCCUUAGCCAACUGCAGCCGCUAUCAGUCCCAGCCAGACUGUCUGCUUGCCCGAGACCCCUACUGCGCCUGGGACAGCGAGGGCCGAGCCUGCGUACGCAUCGACCUCCAUCGAGGGUCCACCUCCUCCCUGUCACAAGACCUCAUGCUGGAAAGGUUCAGCCGGGGAAAAGCCAAGUUUGAUAAACCUGUCUCCAUCCCCAGCCCUGAGCACUCCCGCCUGCGGAACGUGACGGUGGUGGUGGGCUCGGACAUGGUGCUGCCCUGCCAGCUGAUCUCCAACCUCGCUCAGCCCUUCUGGGUCGUCAACGACCGCGAGCUCCUGCUGGGCGACCCCGAGGCCGGAGGGCCACGCUUCGACCGGACCCUCAAGGCCCUCGUCGUCCCCGAAGCGGGUCAGAUCCAAGCCGGGCGUUACGUCUGCUAUUCCGAGGAGCAGGGUGUGAAGUUCCAGACCGAGCGCUACCAGGUGACGGUGGUGGCCAGCGCGCCCGUCUUCAUGGAAGCCCGGGCUCCGGACAGCAGCAUGGGGCUCUUCUGGGUGCUGGUCAUCACCCUGGGCGCGGCGUGUCUGCUGCUCCUGGUGGCGGCGCUGUACCUCCGCCGGAGACUGAAACUGGCUCUCGGGAAAGGAGCCGACAUGAAGCCUCUUGAAAGCACCCUGGUCUACCCCAUCACCUUACCCAAGGAGCCACCCACGUUCGUGCCCAGCAAAAUGCCCACCGACGAAGACCGUUUCUGGGAGACGGGCGCCAAUUAUUACUACUCAGACGGCUCGCUUAAAAUCGUCCCCGGUCACGCCAUCGGGCCCGCCGGCGUGGGCGGCACGGCGUCGCCCAGCGCCAUCCCGGGCCAGCCCAUCCACUCCCCCAGCCGUCUCAGCCUCACCAACAUCAGAGGCUCCGGCAGCAACGGGUACGUCCGCCUGAACCUGAGCACGGCGGGGGAGGAAAGGGCUAGCGGGGCUUGCGCUGGCGGCGGCGGCGGCAACGGCGGCGGGCUGGGCGGGCUCGGCGUGGGCGGGAACGACUACUCGGGCCCCUUCAAGGAGGAGCUGAGGCGCACCCUGCAGCAGAGGAGCGUGCUGCCCGACGCAAACCCCGAGGAGUCGUCCGUCUGAGGCUUCUCCUGGAAGGAAAAAAAAACAACAAAAAAACAACCGAGCUACCUCCCUCUUUUCGAGGAUGCCUGCCCUCUUUUCCAGUGACACGUCGUCACGUCGUCACGUCUGUCUCUCGCCCUGCCAAUGCCUGUUUGGCUCACUGUAGACUUUGACGGCAUGUUAAAUAUAGACGCUCACAACCCCUUCUUGGCUCCGCACCGCAAAGUCUCGGACUUUCUCUGCUUGCACUGUGCAACGGCCAUUUGUCUCAACUGUGAUUGGAACAGGAGUGCAGAGAACCCCCCCCGUAGGCGAGGUAAUCAAGCAAAUGGCAUCACUUUGUUGUCCGGGCGCCACUUGACGGACGAGAUAACCUUGGGGACUUUUUGUCAGCUUUUUUACUGCACUUAAAACUGGAAGCGAGUCUUCCCUUUUUUUUAUUUUUAUUUUUAUUGGUGAGCCAAGAGAAGACUAAACUCAUGCUGAAGCAAGGCAACAAUCAUAUUUGUGUGAGAAGACUAGGGUUGCAAAGGGGUGGAAAGUUUCCGGUAAAUGUGAGGAAUGCACAGUACAGGGUUGAAAUUCAACCGAGUUUGCAUUAAAUCAGGUUGUUUUUGCUAAUAAUCAUGCUGCAAGAUCUAGCACAGGGGUCGGCAACCCGCGGCUCCGGACUUUGAUCACUCUGAUGCGGCUCAGCAGCUUACUUGCUGAAACCCCCCAAUUUUCCCGUGAGACUUCCGGAUUUCAGUGCCUCUCGCAGAAAACUCCCGGGAUCAAUAUCACCGAUUUUCACCCUUACAGAUAUAAUAAGGGCGUGCUAUGAUGGUACAACAUUCGGCGCCCUCUACAAUCUGUAUUAACAGCGUGCUGGCCCAACACUUGUUAUACAAUAUACAUCUUCUGCUUGCACACGUACGUGACAGCAAGGCAUACUUGGUCAACAGCCACACAGGUCACACUGACGGUGGU